AUGCGGCAGGUUUGCUGCUCAGCGCUGCCGCCGCCGCCGCCGCCACUGGAGAAGGCUCCGUGCAGCAGCCACAGCGACAGCAGCAGCAGCAGCAGCAGCAGCAGCAAGAGGAGCAGCAGCAGCAGCAGCAGCAGCGGGAACAGCAGCAGCAGCAGCAGCAGCAGCAUCUCCCGUCCCGCUGCGCCCCCAGAGCCGCGGCCGCCGCAGCCGCCGCAGCCCCGCAGCCCCGCAGCCCGGAGAGCCGCCGCCGCCCGCUCGCGAGCCGCAGCCGCCGGCGGCAUGAGGCGCGACCCGGCCCCCGGCUUCUCCAUGCUGCUCUUCGGGGUGUCGCUCGCCUGCUACUCGCCUAGCCUCAAGUCGGUGCAGGACCAGGCGUACAAGGCGCCCGUGGUGGUGGAGGGCAAGGUGCAGGGGCUGGCGCCGGCGGCCGGCGGCUCCGGCUCCAACAGCACCCGCGAGCCGCCCGCCGCGGGCCGGGUGGCGCUGGUGAAGGUGCUGGACAAGUGGCCGCUCCGGAGCGGGGGGCUGCAGCGCGAGCAGCUCAUCAGCGUGGGCUCCUGCGCGCCGCUCGAGAGGAACCAGCGCUACAUCUUCUUCCUGGAGCCCACGGAGCAGCCCUUGGUCUUCAAGACAGCGUUUGCCCCCCUCGACACCAACGGCAAAAACCUCAAGAAAGAGGUGGGCAAGAUCCUGUGCACGGACUGCGCCACCCGGCCCAAGCUGAAGAAGAUGAAGAGUCAGACGGGACAGGUGGGGGAGAAACAAUCGCUGAAGUGCGAGGCAGUAGCCGGUAACCCCCUGCCCUCCUACCGCUGGUUCAAGGAUGGCAAGGAGCUGAACCGCAGCCGCGACAUUCGCAUCAAGUACGGCAACGGCAGAAAGAACUCACGACUACAGUUCAACAAGGUGAAGGUGGAGGACGCAGGGGAGUACGUCUGCGAGGCCGAGAACAUCCUGGGGAAGGACACGGCCAGAGGCCGGCUCUACGUCAACAGCGUGAGCACCACUCUGUCAUCCUGGUCGGGGCACGCCCGGAAGUGCAACGAGACAGCCAAGUCCUAUUGUGUCAACGGAGGCGUCUGCUACUACAUCGAGGGCAUCAACCAGCUCUCCUGCAAAUGUCCAAACGGAUUCUUCGGACAGAGAUGUUUGGAGAAACUGCCUUUGCGAUUGUACAUGCCAGAUCCUAAGCAAAAAGCCGAGGAGCUGUACCAGAAGAGGGUCCUGACUAUCACCGGCAUCUGCGUGGCUCUGCUUGUCGUGGGCAUCGUCUGCGUGGUCGCCUACUGCAAGACCAAAAAACAGCGGAAGCAGGUGCACAACCACCUCCGGCAGAACAUGUGUCCAGCCCACCAGAACCGAAGCCUGGCCAAUGGGCCCAGCCACCCCCGGCUGGACCCCGAGGAGAUCCAGAUGGCAGAUUAUAUCUCCAAGAACGUGCCGGCCACAGACCACGUCAUCCGAAGGGAAGCCGAGACCACCUUCUCCGGGAGCCACUCCUGUUCUCCGUCCCACCACUGCUCCACAGCCACACCCACUUCCAGCCACAGGCAUGAGAGCCACACAUGGAGCCUGGAACGUUCUGAGAGCCUGACCUCCGACUCGCAGUCGGGCAUCAUGCUGUCAUCAGUGGGGACCAGCAAGUGCAACAGCCCAGCAUGCGUGGAGGCCCGGGCACGGCGGGCAGCAGCCUACAGCCUGGAAGAGCAGCGCAGGGCCACCAUGCCACCUUACCAUGACUCCAUAGACUCCCUGCGUGACUCCCCACACAGCGAGAGGUACGUGUCGGCCCUGACCACGCCCGCGCGCCUCUCCCCGGUGGACUUCCACUACUCGCUGGCCACGCAGGUGCCGACGUUCGAGAUCACGUCCCCCAACUCGGCGCACGCCGUGUCGCUCCCUCCCGCCGCGCCCUUCAGCUACCGCCUGGCGGAGCAGCAGCCGCUCCUGCGGCACCCCGCGCCCCCCGAGCCCGGGCCGGCCGCCGCCGCCGCCGCCGCCGACAUGCAGCGCAGCUACGACAGCUACUACUACCCCGUGGCCGGGCCCGGGCCGCGGCGCGGCGCCUGCGGCCUGGGCGGCAGCCUGGGCAGCCUGCCCGCCAGCCCCUUCCGCAUCCCCGAGGACGACGAGUACGAGACCACGCAGGAGUGCGCGCCCCCGCCGCCGCCGCCGCGCGCCCGCGGCGCGUCCCGCAGGACGUCGGCGGGGCCGCGGCGCUGGCGCCGUUCGCGCCUCAACGGGCUGGCGGCGCAGCGCGCACGCGCGGCGCGGGACUCGCUGUCGCUGAGCAGCGGCUCGGGGUGCGGCUCGGCCUCCGCCUCGGACGAGGACGCGGACGACGCGGACGGGGCGCUGGCGGCCGAGAGCACGCCCUUCCUCGGCCUGCGCGCGGCGCACGAGGCGCUGCGCUCGGACUCGCCGCCGCGGGGCGGGGCGGCGGACAGCAGGACUUACUACUCGCUGGAGAGCCACAGCACGCAGGCCAGCAGCAGCAGACACAGCCGCGGGCCCGCGCGGGCCAAGCAGGACUCGGCGCCCCUCUAG